CGCUUGUUUCAUGUUUGUGUGAAAUUAUUGGGGUUAUUGUUUUAUUCUCAUUUUUCACGAUAAACACAUAGUUUUAUUUGCAUCUUUGACUGUAUGCGUAGUAAAAAUAUUUUAGGUUGUAUUUAAGUGGCAGCAGUGUAUCAACAUGGAAACUAUAUUAGAACAGCAAAGAAGCUAUCAUGAGGAGAGGGAGAGGACGAUGGAUGCUAUGGUUAAAGAAAUACUGCAUAAAAAGACUGGGCACCGGGAAACUAUUAAUGCUGAUCAUCGCUUGAAAAAUCUUCAUGAUAGAUAUGUAGAAUCUACUAUAAGGCUGAAAGAGUUAUAUGAAGACAAGGAUGGUCUCCGUAAAGAGGAAAUAGCAGCACUGUCUGGUCCCAGCGAGUUUAAUGAGUUCUAUGCCAGGCUCAAACAAAUCAAAGAGUUCCACAGAAAACAUCCUAAUGAGAUUUGUGUGCCAAUGUCUGUUGAAUUUGAGGAGUUGGCUAAAAUCAGAGAGAAUCCAGCUGAAGAUUAUACGACUCCUGUUGAGUUCACUGAUGAAGAAGGAUAUGGCAAAUAUUUGGAUCUGCAUGAGUGCUAUGAAAAGUAUAUUAAUUUGAAAGGCAUUGAGAAAGUGGAUUACAUCACAUACUUGAGCAUCUUUGAUCACCUCUUCGACAUUCCCCGUGAGCGUAAGAACAGUGAAUAUAGAAACUAUAUCAGAGUUCUACUAACUUACUUGAAAGACUUUGUCAAUAGAGUAAAACCUCUGCAGGAUCAAGCGCAGGAGAUGGCCGCCGCUCAUCAGGAGUUUGUCAAGCAAUGGGAAGCUGGAAACUUUCCAGGAUGGCCUAAAGAAACUGGUGGUGCCCUAACAAAUGUGGGAGCUCAUUUGGACUUAUCAGCCUUCUCUUCUUGGGAAGAACUUGCUUCUUUGGGGCUGGAUAGAUUGAAAUCUGCUUUAAUGGCUCUUGGCUUAAAGUGUGGUGGUACUUUGGAAGAGAGAGCACAAAGAUUGUUCAGUACUAAGGGACAAACAUCCUUAGACAAGUCACUGGUUGCGAAGAAGGGUGGCAACAAAGCAAAGGCAUCAACUCAACAGAGGCACAAAGAUAUUGCUGCUAUUGAAGCUCAAGUUUAUAGAUUCGCAAACAUAGUAAGCAGUACUCGCUCGGCGACCAUAGAGAAUGUGACGCGUCGUGCGGCCCGCGCGGCUGGCGAGCGUCGUGAUGACAGCGGCGACGAGAGCGAUGCGUCGGCCGCUCCCGAUGUUGAUUCUGAUGACGAUGAAGUGCCGUACAAUCCCAAGAACUUGCCUCUUGGGUGGGAUGGAAAGCCGAUUCCAUACUGGCUCUACAAGCUGCAUGGUCUAAACAUCAGCUACACCUGUGAAAUUUGUGGAAACUACACCUACAAGGGACCGAAAGCGUUCCAGAGACAUUUCGCAGAGUGGCGCCAUGCUCACGGCAUGCGUUGUCUGGGCAUCCCUAAUACCGCCCACUUUGCUAAUGUCACUCAGAUUGAAGAUGCACUUGCAUUGUGGGAGAAAAUCAAACACCAAAAAGAAAACGAGAGGUUCGUUGCGGAAAAUGACGAAGAGUUUGAAGAUUCGCAAGGGAACGUCGUCAAUCGUAAGACGUACGAAGAUUUGAAGCGACAGGGACUUCUAUAAACAACACUUACAAACAUGUAUUUUAUAAAUAAGUAAUAAACAAAGUUAUAGCUCAUA